AUAAGACAAAACUUACAAUAUAGAAAAAAAUAAAAUGGAUUCUUAUUCAUAUGCUAUUUCUUUUUCUUCUUCUAAUUCUUCUUCACAACAAAUGAAGAAAAAUACAAAAUUAGCCUCAUAUCAUUCCUCACUUCAUGGAGUUAGAAAACUCCCAACAAAACCAAUGACUAAACUACCAAUUGCACCUUUGCCACCAACACCUCCUAAAAUAUAUAGAGUUGAACCUAAUGAUUUCAAGGAUGUUGUCCAAAUGCUCACUUCAUCUCCCGAGUUUCAAACUGUCUCCAAUGAUUCUAUCUCUCGUUCUGAUUCUGGUUCUGGUUUUGAUUCUGGCUCUAGCUCUGACUCUGGCUCUGGCUCUUUCAAUUCGAGACGUCUACAAAAUGUUGCUCCUCCUCCACUUGAUCUCUCACCAGUUUCAUUACAAAGAAAUAAUAAAAACAAUGCACAAUGGCGCGAGUGCAUUGAUUUAACAACAUGUGAAGCACAAGAAAGAUCACAUGUAACACCUCGGAUAUCAUCAGAAAACUAUGUUGGAUUGUGUAGUCCACUGGCUAAUUUUCCUCUAUCGCCGUCUUCUUUUGCAUGGUGUUCUUCUAUUCUUCUUAGCCCUAGCACACUUACUUCACCAAGCGCGGUUCAAAUUAUUUAAGUGUUUGUAACUUAAAAUUAUAAUCCUCAUCGUUUACAAAAUGAGUACUGCUACAUUUAUUUACUUUGUAUGUUGAUCAAGAAUUUGAAUUGGGACUUAAGAUUGAAGUUAUCACAACUCAAUAAUUUCCCAUUUUGUUUCAAUUCCAACAUAUGAUCUAAUGUAUUGUAUUUCCAAAUUUUCAUUUCAAUUGUAUAGUUUGCAUGUAAUUAUUUGUGGUAUAUUUUUCUUAGCAUUUGUAAUUUGUAGAUCAGUAAGAUAUAAACUGAUUUUAGGAUUUUAGUCUUCAAGUUGAGGGCAACUCGAAGACAUUGGGAACAUAUAUCUUGGAGGUGUGUGGUAGAAUUAAGACUAAGUAGUUGAUCUUUAGUUUAGAGAAACUAUUGUAAUCUUAAUUGUUGUCUGAGGCUCGUAGUUGAUUUAAUGAAUUUGGGGUAAAUCAGUUCGUGAUUUUUA